AUGAGGCUCGCAAUCAUCAUUAUGAGUCUAAUCACUCGUGGAUAUGCGGUUUUGUCCACCAUUGAAGGGGAGCUGCAGAGCUUGCACAACCGAGACAUCUACGACAAUGAGAUUGAAGACGAGCCGGUGUAUUGCAAUCCGAAACAGAAGAUGCUCCCGUGCAAUGGCCAUCCGGAUUGCAAAGAGUCCACCCCCGACUACGUCAAUAUCUGGGCCAAAUACCUCAAGCACGGCGGCUCAAUGUCUUGCGAGGAGACCUACCAGAACCCGUGGCUCAAGUUUCCAUGGAAAUGGGGGACACUUGCUCACAACUCGGAUGCGUGUCGGCGAGACCCCCAGUACGAUACUUGUGGGACAGAUCUUUACUGCAAGGGCUUUGGGCAAAACGGCCAGUUCGUCUCACAGCGGACUCCCAGGUUCCGGUCGCGAGAGCAGUGCCUCCGCGCCCAUGAAGCAGCUCCCGCAAAACUGCCCUGGGAAGACGGCUACGGUCGGCCCGACUCAAUUCAGUGUCGUGAGAAUCCGAUUGAGAAACAAUGCGGGUCCCUCAUCUAUUGUGCCGCUUUUGACGCCGCCGCUGGACAAGGCGGGAGGCGGUUCACGGACUACCAAACAUCCGACGAAUGCCUCAACGCCCGCGAGAAGAGUCCACAUGCCAAGGAAAUCGAGCCGAAACGCAAAUGGGAAGAUGGCACUCCCGCAGGGCGGAGGGCUUGUGGGAUAUCCGCAUUCACUGCCGAGGAGUGUGGCACAGCGCGGUAUUGUCACCUGUUCCCUACGACGCUCCCCGGGAUCGAUGACGACUUUGCAGCAACCGACGAAUGCGAGGCUGCCUUCGCUCCGAAGACUCUCGAAUCGACCCUCGACUUCAACACUUACAAUUUCCUGCAAUGCAUCGUGAACAAAGAAGGCAAGCAAUGUGGUACUCAGAUUUACUGCGACAUGGUUGGAACGGGUGAGGUGCAAGACGAUAUAUGGAAGACCAAUGAGGAGUGCUUGCGUGGUCAUCCAGAUCUAAAGGCGAAUGGCUCGACCGACAAGUGA